GCUUUUGCUUCCGUCAACCAUGUCUGCAGACUCAGUCCCCAGUCCGCGGCCGGAGAGUAAAUGCUCCUCACCCUCAAACUCAUCAACUCCGCCUGGCACUCAGGCCUCUCAAACCCGUAGCUCAAACAUGCGCGGCCGCUCGCUGGUCGAUCUCAUCGAAUCCCAAUUCCUUGCUUUCGACUGUGAAGAGGCUGUCGUGUUCCCAUUUCAAGACGAGACCGCACGCGAUGAAGCCUUUCAGCGAGGUAUGCUCCGCUCCUGGUCAUAGCUGGUCUCUUGCAUGGUCUCCUGCACGCUGUCUGGCCCUGUGGGAACAUCGAUCCGUUCUUCUGUCCAAUCUCGUGCUCCCCCGCUUGACUCCUUGACAACGAUCGUUGAAGCUCAACUUUCACUGUUCUCAGAAUUUAAUGAGCUCCUUCUCGAUGCUGGCCUUGAAACUCAUGCCUGGGCGUCCUCACGUCCUUUCCACGAAACCCAAAUCGCCGAACAGAAGUUUGAAGAGCAGAUCCUGACGGUGCAGGAACAAGAGAAUCAGCAAGGCAUGUGGUUGACUCGACCUUUCACCCCCCUUCCCUGUGGCUUUGGUAGGCAUAUAUCCUGCCUACUGAGGUUUCCCGUCCUCGAGACCCUUAUUCAAUUCCGAAUGUGCUCAUAACAUAGUUUAGAGAAGGCUCGUCAACGUCUCAACGAAUUUGUUACUCGCAUGCGAUCCGCUCUGGCUGCUCUCACUGGUUCGAUUUGACUUGGUGACUGAUGCUGGCAACCGAAUACUUCUCUGUCUUCCGUACCCAUUAGCCGUUUUCCGUAGUCUCUUAUUGCACGCACUUUACAUUGUAAUGGCUCCAUGUACACGCUCUAUAAAUGAAUUCAAUCGUGGACGGAUUUACCGUGUUGUCAUUUGUUUGAUGCCGCAUUCAUAUGCAGUUUCAGUGCCGACGCCAUUCACCACUUUUCUCUGGCUUCGGCCUCGGCUAGUCGUUCGUUUUCUGCUCCUGCCUUGCAUCUGCUACGAUGCAUUCUGUCGUUUCUAGACCGCAACCCCUGGCUCCGACCAGUUCGAACCGAGUGCCUCGGAAGAGCACAUCUUUCAUGUCUCUUCGGCGAGAAAAGUCCAAGAACGUCUCCGUAUCACCUCAACCGGAUCCUUCUGGGUCUCGUUCCUAUUUCGACGCGUAUCCGAGGCUCGCACCGGCUCGGGCCUCCAAACCCAAAGCGCACGCCUCAUCGUCCCCACCCGGUUCCCCAAAUGAAAUAGACUCUCCUGUCAGCUUCCCGCCUAUCCAGUCGUCGUCAGGCGGACACCAUCCGCCCGAAAGCUCUCGCAAUCCCCUUCACAGAAGUAGGUCCUACACCGUGACGAGUCGCGACGGACGGGGUUGGCGAGAACCAGGCAGGGUUCCUGCUCUGCGUUUCUCUGGGUCCUCGACACAACAUACCGACGAGACGCCGCCGGACACGCCUAUAGACUAUGGGGAUGGGGAGUCUUUCACGGGUUUCCCUGCUGUUGUUUCCGCGCCCGUGUUUGGUGUGGAGAUGAUGGACGCUCUUGUGGAUGGUAUGAAUGGAGGGGAUGACUUCAUGGGGCGCUCUUCCAGUCGCCAACGCUUCGGCAUUCCGAAUCGGCAUCCGCUCUACGAGCCUCCUCUGCCAACUCCUCCUCCUGGGAUAGUUCUUGGCGGCCCUAAAGCGAAACAGCGUCGGCAAAGGCAGGUGUCUCUCUCAAGCGAGUCUGAUAGCGGAGAGGAUACCGCCCGACGGCAGGUGACAACGGCAUCUCGACCUCGUAAACGGGCUCCUCGACCAGGUCCUACGCGCAGUGAUUCGAAAGCCACCAUAACACCUGAAGUAGAGGAAGACCCACCGCUUCUAGGUGUGCUGUCGAGGAAGUCCUCCGCUGCAUCCAUCGACAGACAUGGCCCUGUCGCACCCUCCAUUUCGGACAUCAUCCGAACACAUGCACCUCUAGGCCAGAUUCGCUCCCGAACGUCCAUGAGCGGGCGCUCCUCGGCUUUCAGUCAUGGUCACGCCCCCUCGAUUCUCCAGGAGGAGACCGAGCCCGAAGCGAUAAACCUAGACGAUGACGGGGACAUCGUCUCUCGCUCUUCUGUCGACAGUAUAGCUGAAGAAGUUCGUCAAACGCUACGAACGCAGCUGAACAUGAAGCCAACGAACCCUAGGCCGACGAUUACUCUCCCUCCUCCCUCUUCCUUCAAUAGCAGGAGACACUCGACCUUGUCCGACAGUGUGAGCGUGUACUCGCCUCGCUCCGAGGGUGGUGCAAGCUCUUCAUUGUAUGCGCCGUCGAUAAGGUCCAAUCCACAAAGCGUCUCGCCUGUUGAGCCCGGCUUCUUAUCCUUCGCUCAGCCUUCUGCUUCUCAGGCGGUGGCACAAUACCUCCGUUCCGUUCGCCUCACUACCCUACUCAAAUUAACUCGCUCGCCUCAUGCGUCGCAAGACAAUCCGCUAACGGUUAGCUUGUCCGAUCUGGGUAGUCCAACGGGUUUUCCUGUGGUCGUAUUCCUUGGACUCGGCUGUGUCCGACAUGUUAUGGGAUUGUAUGACGACAUGGCCCAGUGCCUGGGACUCAGGCUGAUCACCGUAGAUCGCUGGGGACUGGGACGCACCGAAUCGAGGUCCCGAACUGCCAAGGGCAUCAUGCAAUGGGCCUCGGCAGUCGAAGAGGUCCUUGAUCUGCUUCAAAUUCCGGAGUGCAGCAUCAUGGCACACUCGGCAGGAACCCCGUAUGCGCUGUCUUUUGCAAAUAAGGUGCCGACUCGGAUUCGAGGAGACAUCUGCCUCAUGGCGCCAUGGGUGGGGGGUAGCGAAAAUGGUGGCUAUAAAUGGCUGAAAUAUGUCCCCAACGGCAUUCUCAAGACAGCGCAGGCUGCCGAAUGGAAAGUCCAGGCUUGGAUGCUAGGGAAACCUCCCACCAUUGCUUAUGAGGGCAUCGGCUACACCGUAGCUCCGAAAGCGCAAACGACCUCCGGAAAUGGGAAUAGUCUAGCGGUCCAAAGCUCUGCUGCAGAUGGCGAGGCUCGACCUCGUCCGAGCAUAGGGAGCUCCUUCAGCGAGUACGAUGAUCUUGGGGAUUUUGACGGUCGUUUUGAGAGUAAAAGCACUCUUGCAGUGGCUGCCGCUGCCAGACCAGCGCCGGAUGCGGUCCAGACCGCGAAGCGGAAGCCGUCGCGGGGAUUUCUGAACCGUUUCAAGCCCUCGCAGCCGGCCUCUCCGCAGGAAGAAACUGCCAAGCCCAAGCAACGGCUAAAGGCUCUGCGAUCGAUGGGAUCUCUCCGCGGUCGAGCCUCGUCGUACAACAACUCGAGCAAGCACAGUGGGCCGUCCGAACCCUCAAGUCCGGUACUGCCCCCGGCGCCCAAGUUUGAUUUUGGAAUGGGGAUGGAUGACCUGAACUGGCCCAAGUCGGGUUCCUCCGAAGUUUCGUUGAUUGGAGAAGGAGUCGGUUCUCGGGCUGCCAGCGAACGCUUCUAUGCUUCAGCGAGCCGAACGGAUGGACGACGAUCGCUUUCGUUCAACUCCGCCGGUGGCACUGCUCCAUCAUGGCCACUGUCGACCCCCUCGUCUCCGGCGGCGAGCACCAGGAAUACGAGUUCGACAUCUGUGUUCUUGGCGAGUGACCAGCCGACGAACGAGUAUCAGUCCACGCUCGGCAAUGCGCUGAUUGCAGCAUCGCACGCGGAGUCUGCCAAAGGAACGUACAGCGAUCUGUUGCAGAUUCUGAACCACGACAACCAUCCGUGGGGAUUCUCGUACACGAACUAUCCGCACUCCGUGAACGUCUGGUAUGGGGACAAGGACGAGAAGAUUGGGGAGAAUGCUGUGCGGUGGAUGGAGAAGAACAUGGGCGCGGACAAGUGCAUCGUUAAGGUUGUCAACGGGGGCGAUCAUGCUCUGAUGUACAACAGCGGUGUCGUCAUCGAGGUGCUCGAGCAACUGCUGGGCUACUGGCAGUCGGACCAGCGGCGGCGAUGAAGGUCGCUUCCAUCAUACCAUUCGUUCAUGCUAUCAACACUGUAAAUUCUCUCCCGCUCUCUUUGGAUUUCCUGCACAAAUUGUAUUUUUCAGUCAUCAUUUGUUCAUAAUAGGGUUACUUAGAUGUAUUUUACUUCCAAUGGAUACAAAUUCAUUCCUAUGAUGUACAAAAGAGUGCGACGUGCUACAAGUAAAUACGGGAAAGCAAGCCAUCGAGGCUACACGGGUGAAAAUUGAUUCCGAACCGGCCGCGAAGUCCAGUAGUCGCCAAUCGGAUGAGCAGCUGUCGGCGGGAGGGGAAGAGGAUAGGUGGGCGGCGCGGUCGUUGGCGUGAGCAGCCGCCCGUCCAUCCUCCUCGGACUGGAGAAUUGUCGCGGGGAACCAAUAAAUGGAUCCGCCCCCGACCACAUUUCUGGCGCAGGAGGGGGCGGCAUGAUUGGAAUGAUUGAGGAAGCUCGGCUGGGUGGGAGCUGCAUCUCCCGCUGACGCGCUCUUCGUUGUUUCAGGACAACGAUGAACGUAGCAAUAACAGCUCCCACAAAGAACAGGCUCAGCACCGUCACCCCAGCGAUCAGCUUGACACUGGGGCCUGAGGAACUGUUCGCCGAAGCGCUGGAAGCUGAUGAUGACGCCUGUGAUGCAUCUGAACCAUUUGCUGUUGUUGAUGGAUCUAAAGCACUAUCGGACACGGCCGGCGAUGAGGUUGGAUUGCUUGUGAUCGGUGAUGUCGAGCUUGGGGCACUGCUUGUCUGUGUGAUUCCCACCGUCGUAGUUGCAAGUGCAACGGGAACACUGCUGGAAAGCGACGCGGUGCUUGAUGGAUUCCCUUCCGUUCCAGUGCUGGGUCCGAUAUGG